UCGGCAAUGCACUUAAACUAACACAGUACACAUGACGAACUCAAACGCAGACGGCGACAAAUCUUCGAAAACCCUAAUCAAAGAUCGAAGAUUGCGAACCCUCUCAGCUUGAAUUUCAGGUUUACUGUGUAAAGUUAUAACCUUUUUGGGUUUUGUCUCUCUGUUUGAAUCUGUAAACAGAGAAAACUAGAGAGAGUGAACAAGAGUAGUUUUUUUCUUCUUCUCUGAAUCUGCGAUGAUGGUCUCUCCGUGCAUUGCAUGUGAUCUGGGUUUUUGAAAAGCUCCGAUCUUUGAUACUAUAAGCAUCUGUUUCGUAGUUAGGUUCAACAUUUGAGUACAAGGAAGCUUGAUUUUUGCAGCUAUGGAAGGAAACUACAUUGAUAAGACUCGAGUGUUGGAUAUCAAACCGUUGCGUACUUUAAGACCUAUCUUCCCAAGUGGGAAUCAAGCUCCUCCUUUCGUCUGUGCACCUCCUUUUGGUCCCUUUCCAGCUGGAUUCUCACCUUUCUACCCCUUUGGCUCCUCUCAAGUGAAUGAACAAACACCAGAUCUCUCUCAAGCUCAACACCAGCCUCAGCUUCCACCUCAAGGUCAGCAUCAGCCUCAGAAUCUAUCAGAACGUUCGCUGGCUACUCCUUCGAGGCCACUUAGAUCUUCUAAUGGAGACAUAGAGCCUGUGGAGUCAACUUUGAAAAGAAAGACUCCUAAAAAGCGUCAGCUCUCUACUGUGAAUUUCGAGAGUGGGAUUAGUGUUGCUGAAAGAGACAAUGGCAACAGGGAGCUGGUUACGAGUGUUCUUAUGCGGUUUGACGCGUUGAGAAGAAGGCUUGCACAGCUGGAGGAUGCGGAGGACGCGGUCAACGGGAUCAUCAAACGCCCUGACUUAAAAGCAGGAUCAACUUGUAUGAGCAGAGGGGUUAGGACCAACACCAAGAAGAGGCCAGGUCUUGUUCCUGGCGUUGAGAUUGGGGACAUAUUCUUCUUCAGGUUUGAGAUGUGUUUGGUCGGGUUACAUUCUCCAUCGAUGGCUGGCAUUGACUAUCUGGUCAUCAAGGGGGGAGAUGCAGAAGAAGAGGAGCCUAUCGCCACCAGCAUUGUAUCUUCUGCAUAUACCGAAAACGACAGAGUUAAUCCGGAUGUUCUGGUGUACACCGGUCAGGGAGGUCACGCUGAUAAAGAUAAAGAAGCAUCAGACCAGAAGCUGGAGAGAGGUAACCUCGCUUUGGAGAAGAGCUUGCAUAGGAACAAUGCGGUUAGGGUGAUCAGAGGCUUGAACUUGAAGGAAGCUACUCACAGGGUUAAGAUCUAUGUCUACGAUGGGAUCUACGAGAUCAAAGAGGCGUGGAUAGAGAAAGGCAAAUCAGGACACGACACCUUCAAGUAUAAGCUAGUGAGAGCUCCUAAUCAGCCUCCUGGUUUUGCUACGUGGACCGAGAUACAAAGUUGGAAGACUGGUAAGUCCCCAAGGAGAGGACUCAUCCUCCCUGAUCUCACUUCCGGCGUCGAAAGCGUAGCUGUCUCGCUUGUGAACGAAGUUGAUAGCGAGAAUGGUCCUUCUUACUUCACCUACUCCACAACGGUUAAAUACUCAAUGUCCUUUCAGCUGACGCAGCCUUCUAGCGGAUGCGGUUGCGGAAACAAAUGCAAGCCGGGGAACUUGGAAUGCCCCUGCAUAAGGAAGAACGGAGGCGAGUUUCCUUACACAGGGAAUGAUAUUUUAGUUAGCCGGAGGCCUAUGGUAUAUGAAUGCAGCCCUUCUUGCCCUUGCUUGACUUGUAAAAGCAAGGUGACUCAGAUGGGAGUGAAACUGAGGCUGGAGGUUUUCAAGACGGUGGAUAGAGGAUGGGGGUUACGCUCGUGGGAUCCUAUUCGCGCCGGUGCGUUUAUAUGUGUGUAUGCAGGUGAGGCCAGAGAUAAGUCCAAGGUGCAGCAGACGAUGGCUAACGAUGACUUUACCUUUGAUACGACGCGUGUUUACACCCCUUUUAAAUGGAACUAUGAGGCUGGCUUAGCGGACGAAGAUGCUUCUGAGGAAGUGUCUGAAGAACCUCAACUCCCUUUGCCUCUUAUAAUCAGUGCUAAGAAUAUUGGGAACGUUGCAAGGUUCAUGAAUCACAGUUGCUCUCCUAAUGUGUUCUGGCAGCCGGUUAGUUAUGAGAAUAACGGUCAGCUCUACUUGCACGUCGCCUUCUUUGCUAUUUCACACAUCCCUCCCAAGACUGAGUUGACUUACGACUAUGGUGUUUCAAGACCAACGGGAGCUCAAAAUGGCAAUCCUGUGUAUGGUAAAAAGAGGUGCUUUUGCGGAACACAGUAUUGCCGUGGCUCAUUUGGUUGAUGCCAACGUGUAAAAGGUAAAGUGUUUAAAGUCUUCUUCUCUUCAACGGCAUAAGACGCAAAGCUGUGAUGGAUUCUUUCCUGCUUCUUCUCCAUCAAAGUCUUUAUCUAUUUCUCUGAUCCUAGGAAAUGUAUCCUUCUCUCCUGUUGGAUAUGUGAUCUUAUUAGUAUUUUUUUUUCAGAUUGUUUUUAGGACAAAACCUAUGGGAAGUUGGGAAACUAGUAGCCUAUCUUUGUUUGAUUAAAAGAUUUGAUGAAUAUGAUAAUCAGUUUUAACA